CUCUCUCUCUCUCUCGUCUUCGGCUCCUUCUCUUCGGAAUGCGAGUUUGUUUUGCCGAGUCUGGCGCGUCCACCGCACAGACAGAGCCGGAGAGAGAGAGAGAGAGAGUGUGUGUGAGAGACGCGCUCGUGCUCGUACAAGCGACAGGACGGGGUGACAAGAGUGACGGACGGCGGCCGAGCGAGCUAUGUAAAUAAGGCGGCAGCUGCGGUUUAUCUGUCUGGCAGAAAGUAUUAAUCAUAGAUGAGCGUCGAGGCGUGAAACCCUUGUUGCUUCAUUCGCAGAGCCAGAGCGAGAGACGCGACGCUCCCAAAUCUCUCCGCACACACACACACAGCCAGCCAGUCAGUCAGAGGAACAGACAGACUUCGUAACCCUGAGCCUUAUCGACUGUGCGUGAUGGACCGCUGUGGCCGCCGCCGUAGCUGUUGCUACCAUCGCCGCGUCUUCUUUGUCCCGGCCCCGGCACUGGCACUAGCAUUGGCACUGUGGUUGUGCUUGUCUUCCGCGGCCGCCUUCAAUCUGGACACGGACAACCCCUUCGUCUAUUCGGGACCCCAGGGCAGCUACUUCGGCUACUCGGUGGACUUUUACAAACCCGACCAGACCCAGUUAAACGUUUUAAUUGGAGCCCCAAAGGCCAACGUGUCCUUGCCGAGAGUCGAGGAGAGGGGAGCUGUGUACAGCUGUCCAUGGAAGACCAGCAAUGCCUGCGAACAAGUGGCCUUCGACAAUUCAGAUGAGCGUUACAAUCAAUCGGGAGACCAGAUGGAGUUUAAAGACAAGCAGUGGUUUGGCGCCACAGUGAAGGCGAAAGGAAAUCAGAUUCUGGCCUGUGCCCCCUUGUACCAAUGGCGAACAUUUGGGUCACCUGAACGAGAACCCGUGGGCACUUGCUUCCUCAAGCAAGGAAAUAUCAUUGCUGAAUAUUCUCCGUGCCGAACAGCUUCAAAUAAACCAGAAGGCCAAGGCUUUUGUCAAGCAGGCUUCAGCAUUAACUUUGUCCAGGAGAACAGAGUUCUUGUUGGAGGGCCUGGUAGUUUUUACUGGCAAGGUCAAUUAAUCUCUGAUUUGAUAUCUCAGAUUAUGACUAAAUAUAAUUCAGCAAAUUUUUAUACACCAUAUAAGGAUCAGCUUGCAAGCAAGGUGGCCAGUGGUGACUUUGACGACAGUUACUUGGGCUAUUCUGUGGCUGUUGGAGAUUUUAAUAGUGAUGGCAUUGAUGACUUCGUGACUGGUGUUCCCCGAGGAGCCCGUGCCCUGGGAUAUGCGACAAUUUUCAAUGGCAAGAAUAUGGAGUCCAUGUUUAACUUCACAGGAGAACAGAUGGCUGCCUACUUUGGUCAUUCGGUGGCAGUUACUGAUAUUAACAAUGAUGGUCUUGUAGAUCUCUUGAGUGGGGCACCACUUUUUAUGGACCGUGGAUCUGAUGGCAAACUCCGAGAAGUUGGACAGGUGUAUGUUUAUCUUCGGGAGGGUCCGACCUCCUUCCAAAAGGCAAACAAAUUGACUGGCACAGAAAUUUAUGCAAGAUUUGGAAGCUCUAUAGCACCACUGGGAGAUCUUGACCUUGACGGCUAUAACGAUGUGGCUGUCGCUGCCCCUUAUGGAGGCUCCAAAAAUAACGGCCUUGUGUACAUUUACAACGGAAGAGUUUCAGGGCUGAGCUUGACACCAUCCCAGAUCUUAGAAGGCAAGUGGGCAUCCUCCACCAUGCCACCUAGCUUUGGAUACUCUUUGAAUGGUGGCACGGAUAUCGAUCUGAAUGGGUACCCAGAUCUGAUUGUUGGAGUUUUUGGUGCUGAUAAAGCUGUGCUCUACCGGGCUAGACCCGUUAUCAACGUGAAUGCCACCUUGGAUAUCACACCUUCGGUCGUCAACCCGGAUGACAAACAGUGCAAACUGCCGGGCACAUCUGCUGCAGUUUCAUGCUUCAAGGUCAAAUUCUGCUUAAAGGCAAGUGGAAGAGGAGCCCCUUCAAAACUGGACUUCAAGGUGGAGCUACUGUUGGAUAAACUGAAGCAGAAAGGAGCUAUAAAAAGAGUGCUGUUUUUGCACAGCAAAUCUGCAUCCCACUUAAAAAAUAUGACUGUUUCCAAUGGGAUGUCACCAGCUUGUGAAGAACUAGAUGCCUAUUUACGUGAUGAAUCCGAAUUCAGAGAUAAAAUUACCCCCAUAACCGUUUUCAUGGAAUAUAUUUUGGACUCUACCACAGCAGCAGACAAGACUGGCCUAACGCCCAUUCCUGACCAGUUUACUCCUGCUAACAUAACCAGGCAGGCCCACAUUUUAUUGGACUGUGGAGACGAUAAUAUCUGCAAACCUGAUCUCAACCUGGCUGUCAAAAGUGAUCAGACGCAGAUGUACAUAGGAGAUGACAAUCCGCUGACUCUUGAAGUUACUGCAGAGAACAAAGGCGAGGGGGCCUAUGAAGCUGAGCUGUUUGUCUUUAUGCCACCGCAGGCUGACUUCAUUGGGGUGGUUCGGAACAGUGAGAAGCUGGCCAAGCUUUCAUGUGCCUACAAAACGGAGAACAACACCCGCAUGGUUGUCUGCGACCUUGGAAAUCCAAUGAAAGGAGGAACAAGCCUUGUUGCUGGUCUGCGCUUUAGUGUACAUCAGUUGUCGGAGCAGGACACUUCAGUGAAAUUUGAUUUACAGAUUCAAAGCUCAAACCUGUUCAAUAAGUCAAGCCCCAUUGUUUCUAGCGUGACUGCACUUGCGGUAUUAGCCAAAGUUGAAAUCAGAGGCGUUUCAACACCUGACCAGCUCUUUCUUCCAAUUGCCAACUGGCACCCCAAAGAGAAUCCUGUCCUGGAAGACGACAUAGGACCUCUUGUACAGCAUAUCUAUGAGCUACGGAAUAACGGUCCCAGCACCUUCAGCAAAGCAAUUCUAGAGCUUGAAUGGCCCUACAAAUAUAAGAAUGAUUCUCGGCUCUACAUCAUUCAGUACGACAUUGAAGGAUACAUGAACUGCAGCACGGAUAUGGAAAUCAACCCUCUGAAUGUCACUAUGCCAAAAAUGACAGAAAAAAAUGACACUAAACGAGACGAUUCCCGAGAUGAUGGCAGAACACGUAACCAUGUUAACCGACGGGACCUCAGGAACAUUGAAGGGGAGCUGGAAACACUGGGCUGUGGCAAGGCUGAGUGCCUGAAAAUCAAAUGUCAGGUUGGGCGCCUGGAAAGGGGAAAGAGUGCAAUCUUGUACAUCAGAUCAAGAUUGUGGGCUGCAACCUUCUUAAAAAGUGAGAACCAAAACCAUUCGUACUCCUUGAAGUCUUCAGCAUCAUUCCAGGUCAUAGAAAUGCCUUAUAAGAACCUGACGUACGAAAAUCCAUCCAAUGUCACACUGGUUAGCACGUCCAUCAUAUGGGUCAAGCAGGAGUCUUCACAGCCCGUCCCUGGCUGGGUCAUUGCACUGGCAGUACUGGCAGGGCUCCUGCUCUUAGCCCUGCUCAUCUUUGUGAUGUAUAAGUUUGGCUUCUUUAAGCGCGUCCGGCCGCCUCAUAAAGAUGGCACAGAAAAAGAACAAUUGCAGCCUCAGGAAAACGGCGAUGGCAUCACAGAGGCCUAAGUGAGUGGACUGGCCCUGCCGCCUGAGCUGCGCUAGUGGUCACUGCCACACAGGUCGGACUCUUCUCACUCCUAAUAACCACUCCAGAUGAUGCACUAACUGCUAACCAACCAAUCAACCAGAGAAUCGUGGCACACGCUCAGAGCUGCCAUCACUGGGCAUGUUUUAACCAUCUCAUCUGAAAAUAACACGUGUUGAUGAAAUUCUUAUUUUCUCCUUUCCAAAGACAAUACCUACUCAAGUCCCUAUGCUAGUUGUUUAUGGUAGCAAACUUUAGAGACGCCAGUCAUGCCAGCAUUUCUACUGUGGGAUUUUGUUUUCUCUUCAGGAUAUCCUGCUGAUGAGGUCAGUUGCUUGGCACAGGACAUGAAGAUAAAAGUCUUUUUUUUUUUUUUUUUGUUUAAUCUAUGAGACAUCAAGACUAAGGAAAAAAGAUCCUAAGGAUGGUUUGUUUUAUGAAUCUCUCAGCCGGCGCCUCUUCUUUCUCCAGCACACAAACUAGAGAAAAAAAAAAAAGACCAAAAUGCCAAAUGGCCGCCUUUAAAUGAGAGCUGAGUAGAAAUUAGUGAAUUGUCUGAAACAAAAUAAAAAUGAAUUACUGGUGUUACACUUGAGCAGAACAUUUGCAGCAAACAUUUGAAAACAUCAAUGGCGUGGACUCUGGUGUUUGCAGAGACUGAUUAGCCCAUCGAAUCUUCCUAUUACGACUGCUCUUUGUC